AGCUCAACUGCUGCUUCUGAUUCUCAUUUUUCUUCUGUUCGUUCUUUCUUCACCAUCCGUCUUUUUUGGGUGUUUGCAAAUAAAGACGCGGAAGAAAAAAAAAAUAAAAGCUUUUCACUCCACUACUUGCAAAUUUUAUCCCUUUUGGGCCUCUUUGCUUAGAACACAAGUUUUUAUUUAUUUAUUUUUCUUCUGCUUUCCUUCUACUCUUUGCAGUUUGCACUCAAAUAAAGCUACUUUGGGAUCACAGAAUCACACCCACAGCCACAGUGCCACAUAUAUAUUACUGUUUUGGGAACAAGAAAAAUUGUACUUGAACUGGGAUUCUUCUGAUUCUCUGUCUCUCUGAUUCCCAAUAACACUUUUUCUGAAACUGUAUGGGUUGGUUUACCAAGCUGCUUAAGGGAUCCAACCAUAAAUCUUCGAGAGGAAAAUAUCAUGGGAAACAUGAAAAUUCCAUGGAUGAUUUGACAGAUGUUGAGAGAGAAGAAAUUGAUCGUGCAAUUGCACUCUCUCUUUCGGAGGAAGAUCCGAAAGGGAAAAAAGUUAUUGAGGACGACCCUCAAUCUUCUGAUGAUGAACAACUGUGUGAACUUACUGAUGAAGAUGAAUAUCAUGGUGAAGUUAAACAACAUGAAGAGUUAAGCAAUCAUCACAAAGAAGAAGAUGAAUCUGUUGGUGAAGUUGAGGAAGAGGAAGAUGACCAUCUUAAUAACAUUCAACAGGAUAAUGACAAGCAUCUUGCAGAAGCGCAGCUUGAGGAAGAUGAACAACUUGCCAGAGCACUUCAAGAAAGUUUGAACAUUGAUUCAGACAGAGCUGAAAGAGAUUCUUUAUUUCAACCAUUUCCACACCUCCUUCGACCUGUAUACAGAACCUGUGCUGGCUGCAAUUCAGAGAUUGGCCAUGGCAGAUUUUUGAGUUGCAUGGGAGGUGUCUGGCAUCCAGAAUGUUUCUGUUGCCAUGCUUGUAAUUUGCCAAUCACUGAUUAUGAGUUUUCCAUGUCUGGAAAUCGUCGUUACCAUAAAUCUUGCUACAAGGAGCUGCAUCACCCAAGAUGUGAUGUUUGCAAGAACUUCAUCCCACCAAAUUCAGCUGGACUCAUUGAGUAUAGAGCACAUCCUUUCUGGAUGCAGAAAUACUGUCCUUCACAUGAGCGUGAUGGAACUCCUCGUUGUUGUAGCUGCGAAAGAAUGGAGUCAAGGGAUACAAAGUAUCUCUUGCUGGAUGACGGUCGAAAGUUGUGCCUAGAGUGUCUAGACUCAGCUAUUAUGGAUACGCAUGAAUGCCAGCCUCUCUAUCUUGAAAUACAAGAAUUCUAUGAAGGUUUAAAUAUGAAAAUAGAACAGCAAGUUCCAAUGCUUUUAGUUGAGAGACAAGCACUCAACGAGGCCAUGGAGGGAGAAAAGAAUGUAAAUAUUUACUAUGUUGAACUAAACUCUCUUUUCAUGGGAUAUGCUGCUUAUUUUAAUUGUCUCGCCACUAUUUUAAGAAGACCAAGGAUAGGGGCAGGAUACCGAGUCAUAGAUAUGAUAACUGAGCCUUACAGGCUAAUCCGCCAUUGCGAAGUGACAGCCAUACUUGUUUUGUAUGGCCUCCCUAGGUUAUUGACGGGUUCAAUCCUGGCCCAUGAGAUGAUGCAUGCUUGGCUUAGGCUUAAAGGCUAUGGCAAUUUAAGGCCAGAAGUUGAAGAAGGAAUUUGCCAAGUGCUAGCUCACAUGUGGCUAGAUUCAGAGAUCUACGCUGGUUCAGGAAGUGAUAGUGCAUCAUCGUCCUCGUCCUCAUCAUCAUCCUCAUCCUCACCUUCCUCUUCUACAUCAUCAAAGAAGGGUAAACGGUCUGACUUUGAGAAGAAACUUGGUGAGUUUUUCAAACACCAGAUUGAGUCCGAUCGUUCAUCGGCUUAUGGAGAUGGAUUCAGAGAGGGGAACCAAGCUGUGCUCAAGUAUGGUUUAAGAAGUACCCUUGAUCAUAUUCGACUAACCGGAAGUUUUCCAUACUGAAGUAUGAUACAUAACUUCCUUUUUCUUUUCCUUUACACAAACGAAUAUUUUCUCAGCUGUCAUAUAAAUUAUAUAGGGUAUCCAAAGAUUACAAAGUUACAUAAUUUCACAAUUUACAAUAUACACGAAAUCUGUAUAAAGAAAAAAUGAAAAUGCUCCUCUUGUGUUACUAUAAACACUUAAGUAGCUGGUAAAAUUAAACAGCUGAAGCAGUUAAUAUUUAAUAAUAAUAAUGAGUAUUUGUUUUAUAUACA